AUGUUGUCCUCUAGGCGUCUUCGCGCUUACAUGUACAUCACUCUGGCAGCCGUCGUUCUGCUGCUCUUCUUUACGUCGCAUGCUCGGCAUGAUCGCGAUACCGAAUUGGCAUCUAUCCGGGACUUUUACACCAAGACGCGUAAUGCCAUGGACAGAGCACAUGACACCCCCUCCGCACAGCAACCCUUCACCCAUGACACCGAUGCCGAUGGCGACAUUGACGAAGACGACCUGAGGCUCGAAAAAGAAAUGGCAGAGAGGCUUCGACAAGCAGAGAAGAUAGCGAAGGAUAAUGCAAACGCAAAAUCCCCCCAUAAACCCGAUGCACCGGAAGAUGUGAUAGGUGUGGGAAGCUCUGCCAAAGGCCAGGACCCGGGAACCAAAGAAAACAAGCCAGCCAAGUUAGAUGGAGAAGACGAGCGACUCGUGGAAAUGGAACUAGAUUCUAUUCUCAAGAAAUCACCAAUCAUCAUUUUCUCCAAAUCAUACUGUCCCUACUCGAAGCGCGCAAAAGGGAUUUUAUUGGAGAAGUACGUGAUCGAGCCUGCCCCCUACGUUGUCGAGUUGGACCUUCACCCUCUGGGCCCGAAAAUUCAGUCCAGACUUGCAGAAAUGACGGGCAGGAAAACUGUUCCAAACAUCAUGAUAUAUGGCCAGAGCAUUGGAGGUGGCGACGAAAUUGCAGCCUUGGACAAAGAAAAGAGUCUGGCGGACAAGAUCACUUCUCUUGGCAAAGACCGCAUCAAUGUGUCGGAACGGUUUGUUGGAAGUCUUCCCAAUGCAAGCUAA